UAACUUCGUUAUCAGUUUUUGAGACGAUACGUACUGGAAAACAUGAAGCCGUCUUUUGGAGUGUACGCUUGUCUUAUUGUUGCUAUCCUUCCAUCAGCAAGGGUUCAACUAGUCCUUUCUAAUCAACCCUGCAAAUCGCAAGGCAAUUUCGAGAUCGUCGAUGGAACGUGCAAAAAUUACUAUAUUUGCAUUUUCAAUGGUGUGGCAUUACAAUCGUACAACUUAGUAUGUGCUCCACCAACUCUUUUCAACCCCGCUAUCGGCGUAUGCAUAAAGGGAUACGAUUGCCAACAACCACCGCCAACUUCAACAACGGCAGAUUCGACAACAACACCAACAAUUGAUUCGACACCAUCAUCAUCACCAUCAACAACUGAUUCGACACCAUCAUCAUCACCAACAACAAUUGAUUCGACACCAUCACCAUCAACAACUGAUUCGACACCAUCAUCGUCACCAUCAACAACUGAUUCGACACCAUCAUCGUCACCAUCAACAACUGAUUCGACACCAUCACCAUCAAGAACAACAACAACUGAUUCGACACCAUCACUAACAAUAACAACUGUUUCGUCACUACCACCACCAUCACUAACAUCAACAACAACUAAUUCGACGUCACCACUAACAACAACAACAACUGAUUCGACACCACCACCAACAACAACUAAUUCGACAUCAGCACCAACAACAACAACUGAUUUGAUACCAUCACCAACAACAACAACUAUUUCGACACCACCACCAUCACCACCAACAACAACAACAACUGAUUCGACACCAGCACCAACAACAACAACUGAUUUGAUACCAUCACCAACAACAACAACUGAUUUGAUACCAUCACCAACAACAACAACUAUUUCGACACCACCACCAUCACCACCACCAACAACAACUGAUUCGACACCAGCACCAACAACAACAACUGAUUCGACACCAUCACCAACAACAACAACUGAUUUGAUACCAUCACCAACAACAACAACUAUUUCGACACCACCACCAUCACCACCACCAACAACAACAACUGAUUCGACACCAGCACCAACAACAACAACUGAUUCGACACCAUCACCAACAACAACAACUGAUUUGAUACCAUCACCAACAACAACAACUAUUUCGACACCACCACCAUCACCACCACCACCAACAACAACUGAUUCGACAUCAACAAAAACGCCCGAACCGACACCAACACCAACGCCUGAACCGACACCAACACCAACGCUUGAACCGACACCAACAGUAACGCCUGCGAUUGAAUGUACAAGAAACGGAAGAUUUUCAGUUGGGGACCCUACUUGUAAGAUGUAUCGGGUCUGUUAUUUUUAUGAGAAUAUUGUCAUAAAUCGUAUUUUAACAUGUCCAAACAAUUUGAUAUUCAAUCCUCGGACCGAAACGUGUGUUUUACCAUCUACUUAUGCAUGUACACGGAAUUCGACAUCGCCAAAUACGACGACAACAAAGUUCACGACAACGUCAACUUCGACAACACCAUCGAGUUCAACAACCCCAACAGCGUUUGAGUGUUCACGUAAUGGAAAAUUUCAAAUUCCGGGUACAGCAUGUAAAGAAUAUUACGUCUGCUAUUUCUACCAGGAUAUCCUCAUAAAUCGGUAUAUGACAUGCCCAAACAGUACGAUAUUCAACCCGGUAACCCAAACGUGUGUGCUACCUUCUAGUUAUAAGUGUCCAUCAAGUUAAAUUAAAUUUAAAUCGAGUUUAACACAAAUAUAGGGCGAAUUUGCGAAAGAACAUCAAACACGUCAUCCGGAAUCUGGUGAAAAAUGUAAUGGGCGCGUGUAUAUCUUCUGUCAUAAAUGUAUCGAUCGUAACAUUGUAAUGAAAACAACCUUAAGCGAACGGAGUAAGUGUAAACGUCGAGAGACAUCAAUAAAAAUGAAUUUUGCAUAAGAA